AUGUUUGCGUGAGUUUAGCUGCACCCUUCACACGAGAUGGGUGCUACCUCUAGACGGUGGCCGCCUGUGGUUGUGGUACGACCCUGCGAGCGCUCCGAUGAGCCCCGACGCCCGCCGCAGCGCUCCACCGACCGACCCACCACGCCCAGCCCGAUUAGAGCACUUGCGAUGGAUCAAUCACGCCUUGUAUGGACCGCACACGAGAGGGAACGGGUUGCGCAUAAGACGACUAGACGAAGGGGAGGAGGAGAUCUCCCUCUCGGGCCGUCAACGACGCAUCCACACUCGACCACGACACACCACCCACUGCAGCCAGAUCGUACUGGACAUGAACUGACGUACGAACCAUGCUUGACUCCACAGUCGCCAGGUCGCUCGUCAAGUGCGCACGUACGCCACCUCCGCAUCCACGGUCAGUCGACGGCUGACGGCUGACGCUCCCCCUUCCUUGGCUUUCCCCCGUGCUCCGCUCCGCCGCCGCCGCCCAAGCCAACGACGACCACCUCGCUCAGCCCGAGAUCCCAUCCCGUGCUGACCCCGUUCUCUUUCCCUCAUGAAUAGGCACCGCCAAUCCAGCUUCAUGGUCAGCCUUCCCCUGGUAACUCUCUACAGUCUCAACUCGUUGCUGACGCUCUCUCCACCCCGUUUGCGUCCCCCUUCCCCCUGCCAGGUCUCUCGGGCAAGUACGCCGGAGCUCUCUUCACCGCCGCGGCCAAGAAGGGGUUAGUUUUGAUCUCAUUCAUUCUGGAAACGUGACCGAGGCUGAUGGCUGUCCCGGUGACGUGCGCGGCUUCCAUUCCAUCCCAACAGAGGCGACGCGUUGAAGAAGGUCCAGGCCGACCUCGAGGCCGUGCACAAGACCAUCACCGCCGAGCCGACGAUCCAAGACUUCCUCUCCAACCCCGUCCUUUCGUCCGGGGACAAGUCCAAGGGGAUCGACGAGUUGCUCAUGCGAUCCAAGGCGACGGGUUCGGACCUGACCAAGAACUUUCUCGAGGUCUUGGCCGAGAACGGGCGUCUUUACCAAGCCGACAAGACGAUCGCCGACUUUUUGGAGAUCAUGUCGGCGCACCGCGGUGAGGUCAAGGUGACGAUCACGACCGCGCAACCGUUGGAGAAGGACCUGCAGAAGCGCCUCGAGGACUCGUUGAAGCAGUCCUCGUUGGCCGGUUCGGGCAAGACGCUCGUGAUCGAGAACAAGGUCAACGAGGCCGUCUUGGGCGGCUUGAUUGUCGAUUUCGGUGACAAGUCGGUCGACCUCUCGGUCGCGAGCAAGGUCAACAAGUUGAACGCGGCGUUGCAAGGUCAGUCCUCUCCCGUGAACCUUUGGUUGACCGAUCCUAGUGAUCUGACUCGGGAACCUCUUUAUGAUCUCGCCCAGAAUCCGUCUAA